AUGCUGACUCGCACACUACUGCUGCUCGCCGCAUCUCUUACGCACGGUCUUGUUCUGACACCGAACCAGUGCCCGUCCUCCCCUCUGCUCCGCCUGCGGGGUGGCAAGGCAAAGCCGGCACCACCUCCUCCCUCGUUCAAGGUCAAGAGCAACGCCGCCGCCGCCUCUGUCGGUGGACUGCUUGGGUAUUGCACGGGGAAGGCCGCCAGGUCUGCUUCGAAUGCGGCGGCCGUCUCUGUCGGCGCGUGCAUCGCGUUGCUCGGUGCCCUCAACAGCCGGGGGUAUCUGACGAUGAACUACACCAAGAUGGAGCGCGAUCUGAUGUCGCUGCUCGAUCUCAACAAGGAUGGCGAGUUCGACCGCGAAGAUUACGACUUUCUUACGAAGAAGUUUGUGCGCUUGCUCUCAGACAAUGGCGUUGGUAGCGCCACGGGCUUCACUGCCGGUUUCUGGAAAGGGUUUUCGACGUCCGACUAG